AGCUUUCUUGCAAAGAGCAAGAUCAUCACGUCCUGGAUCGUGAAAGUGUCCAGAGCGAUACCCAGCACAACACACACACACAAACACACACACGCCACACGCAGAGCGCGUUUGCAUGCGCGCACAUCGGCUCGUACCUCUGUUGACAGCGGAACAGACUCGGGCAUCGCAGACAGCAAAGGUUACAAGCGGAAAGCAGCGUUGCAACUGAAAUCUUUGGCUCUUACUGCUGUUACGAUGCAAGCAAGUGCCUAGCUGCAGAAAAAAACAAGAGUUGCAGCAAUUUCCAGGAACACAAGGGGAAUGAAGAGGACAUUCUGCCGAGAGUAAGAUCCGGAGCUCCGCUCAGCUAACAACCCCGGCCGAUCAGUAUCGACAGCAACGCGACGCUCCAUUUCAAGUUUCGACCAGGCAGUCUCGGACCAGAAGUGCGUUUUUUUGUUAAAAAGGGAUAUCGUUGAGACCUUUGAGAGGAGUCGGACCCAAGAGGAGGACAGGCUAAAAAUAUAUAUUUAUACCAACAUUGCCGGAGAAGAGUGAUCAGCGACGAUGGCGAUAAGGAACUCGUUGUGGAAAUACUAUUUGGGAGUUUUGUGCGUUUUAUGCAGGAUGGCAGUAUCAAAUUGUGAAAUUUUGGCACCUAUAUAUUGGAAUUCCUCAAAUCCCAAGUUUCUACCUAGUAAAGGGUUUGUGAUGUUCCCACAAAUAGGAGACAAACUUGAUAUUAUCUGCCCGAAGGUGGACUCCAGGAUUACUGGACAGUAUGAAUACUUUAAACUAUAUAUGGUGACGAAAGAUCAAGCAGACAAUUGCAACGCUGUGCUCAGCCCCACACCUUUACUCAAUUGCAACAAGCCGGAUCAAGAUGUCAAGUUUACCAUCAAGUUUCAGGAAUUCAGCCCUAACCUCUGGGGACUGGAAUUCAGAAAACGUCAAGACUACUACAUUAUUUCAACUUCAAAUGGUACUUUGGAAGGACUGGAAAACCGAGAAGGAGGAGUGUGCCUAACCAAAGCCAUGAAGCUUAUCAUGAAAGUUGAACAAGAUGCAAAUUCUAUGGGACGAAAUGACAAAGCACCCAGUGGUCCCGGGAAAGGAGGAGACGGCGCCACAAGCAAGCCCACCCAAAAGACUGAGAAUGAAGGCGGGACAAACUCGUUCAGUACUAACAACAAGCCUUCCACUGCACCCAGGGACACCCAGAGCAGGUUCCUCAAUUCCGAUGUGGCCUUAUUUGCAGGCAUUGGAUCGGGCUGUGUGAUCUUCAUCAUCAUCAUCAUUAUGUUGGUGGUUCUGCUGUUGAAAUACAAGAGGCGACACAGAAAACACUCUCCACAGCACACCACCACCCUCUCGCUCAGCACGCUGGCUACCCCCAAGAGGGGAGGCAAUAAUAAUGGUUCUGAACCCAGUGACAUUAUCAUCCCAUUAAGGACUGCAGACAGCGCCUUCUGUCCACAUUAUGAGAAAGUCAGCGGAGAUUAUGGACAUCCUGUAUAUAUAGUCCAGGAGAUGCCACCACAAAGCCCAGCAAAUAUAUACUACAAAGUCUGAGAUAAAAGGACAGAGGCUAGUUUGGGAUCCUGAAGAAUACUCUUGGCCUGUUGCAACCUGGGUCUUCUGCUGAAAUUAGUGGUGACUCUUUCUCUUUGCACCAGGAUUGACUUUAAAUAUGUAGAAGAAUUAAAGGGGAAAAUGGAAGCUUUGCAGGAAAUUCAGCUGAAGAGAGAGCUGGUUAGUGUCUACGGUUUGUGUAGGAAUCUGGUUAAAGUUAAGUACCAGGAGCAGCAAGUUGAAGGAAAGUUGAGUCAGGGACUCAACCAAUUUGUUCCAUCUUCUACUUUCACCAUUAAUUUAUGGACCACAUGUUACAAACAUACAGGAAGCAAAAUGCAAAAUUGAUGUUUGUACUAUCUAUCACUGUAUUUAUAACCAAUAAGGUUUUAUGCUUUGGAUAUUCAGCAAUAGAAAAUAGUCAGUCUGUACUUUCCCUAGACUGUUAACUUUUAUAUUAACCGGAUUUCAUAAAUCCACCUCUGUCCUUGUUCUUGUGCUUUUGAUUUUUACUCCCUCUUCUUGUUUUCCUGUUACCAGUAUUACUUAUUAACCUGAAGGCCACUUUGCCUUCGAACACAAUCACUAGAACUUCAGGAACUUUGUAGAACGUACCACAAUAUUAACCUUAACUAAUCAUCCCAGUCACCAGUGGUAGACAUCGCACAGCAGUUACAUUGUAAUCAGUUAGACAUAAGAGUCGGCGAUGCAUUAUAAAUGAGCAGGAGACUACACGUUCAUCUGUGACAUUUAACUGCAUUUGCAGUGGUAUGCUGCUGCCUUUUUGAAUCUGAGAAGGAAGUGUAGAGAUAUAGAUUAUUUAGGGAGCACUUUGGUACUAAAAGUUCCAAGAUAUAGGCUGGUAGACAUGGUAACAAGCACAGUGCUGUAGGGCUGCACUUUAAAUUAACUAAAAAAAAAUUAUUUUGAGGAAAACUGAUAGAGAGAGAGAGAGAGAGAGAGAGAGAAAGUGAGAAAGUGAGAAAGUGAGAAAGUGAAAUGCCUCUAUAUUCAUGGUGCAUUAUUAGAGGUAUGAAGAGAAGGGCCCACGUCAGUGAACAGGGGCAUCAGUGGGGCUAGUCAUGAUACUCAUUAGAACAGUGCAACAGUGGUAUUGAAACACAGAGGAAGUAUACUGCCUUACAGUUUGAUUCCUUUAAUGCUUUGUAUGAAUAGACUGUGGAGCAGUCACUUUUACAUGGUACAGCUUCUCGUACUGUAGCUGGCACAGUUCUGCAGCUUGAGUGACCUUUCAGGGUCACCCAUGAAAUAUUCAUUAGACAAAAAAAAUACACUACAUAAAAUGGAGACGGGAGUAGAGGAAUUAAGUGAUUUAAUAGCAGAACUGGUCAGUAGGUUAUUAUGGGUCAAUUUUUGUAGUCAGAAUUGCUCUGUAAGUAUGCAUGGUGGGUGGGUGAACAUUAGACUCUCUGGAUGAUCAUAACACAGCCACUAAAUGUUUGGACACUUGCCUCUGGGAAUGGAAUCUUGUUUCCAUAAAUAAAUGACUAAAAUAGAGUCCUCGUAAGACUUCUUCACCAACAAAUGAUGAAAAUGAGUCCUGCUUCGGAAUUGCAAAUGCAAAAGGACUUUGUAGCCUUGAAUUAUUUAGUGUAAACACAAGCCUAAUUUUUAGAAAAUACUUUUUAAAUGGUUGAGGCCUGGAAUUGUCAAUGUCUGUUUCAAAAUCAUCUUCAGUCUGGGGGAUGGGCAGCAGCAGAGAGUUUGUUAUUAAUCUCCAUACUCCGCAGCUUAAAGUUCAAAGAUCACAUACAAAUAGCUGCACAAAGCCGGGUCUCAGGAAUCCCGAAAGGGAACUUGCAAAAUGGUUGCCCAACCUAAUCCUUGAACCUGAAAAUUAUGUUAGCAACACAAGUGAAGCACUUUUGCAUAUACAUAGGCUGUUGCCAUGGUGAUGAAGUACAUUACAUGUGCAUCUGAGUUUCUACCAUUUCCAUGCAAAGUGGUAUUUUUCUGGGCCUUUGGGACAAUCGACACACUGGCGGAGACACUUCUCAGUUGUACAAGAUCAUGUUUUGCUCUUUAUGAAGUAUUUUAUGGGUUAUCUACGUCUGACUGUGUUGUCAUUUUAAAACAGACUGUGUAAAUGGCAGGUGAAUUUCAAAUAAAAAAAAUAAAGCCAAUGUGGGGGUAAAUGGGCUUGCUGGUUUAUAGAAUGUGCCGUACUGUGUCCAGUGUAGAGUAAGUCACUUUAAACGGAUUGCUUUUGGAUCGUCUUACUCCACUCCAUCGCUCCCAAAACUAACCUCACUCUAACUGCCUUGCAGACACAAUCAUCCCCCUCACCUGGUUUUAGAAGUUGUACCACACAGUAAACUGAUGUUAAGCGUGAAGCUGUAAAUACGUGGGAUAUUUUUGUGUGUAAGGCUUUAGGCAGGGCAGGAGAGAGUUAAAAUAGCCUUAUUUACCUUUUUAGCAACAGGAACUCACAUUAGAGCAUGGCCUAAUCUCCCCUCAAGUAAAAAGUUCUGUGUAAAUAGAAGAUUUUUUUUAAACAGAUUCUAAGGAGGAAGUUUUGUAUAAAAUCUGAACUUUUUGCAACGUAUUUUUAGCUAAACUUUGUUUUCAAGGCAGUGUCACUGUUUAAAAAUGGAGCUAAAAGAAAAUUGGUAGAUUUACCAAAUUGACCGCUGCAUAUUUGUGCCAUAAAUAUUUAUUUAAUUGUUCCUUUGUCCAGUUUGUACACACAGUAUUAUGCUUGCUUUAUAAAUAUUGAAUGUUGCUUUUCCUCAUGUUCCCACUUUUUAUAAUGUUCUUUAAAUCAUCUUUUUCUGAAGUGUUUAAUUUUCACCUUCACUCCCCUGCUGUCCAAGGAAAAUCGAAACAAAAUUAAAAUCACAUUCCACUAGUCUGUUACAAACUGAAAUUGUUUUUAAAUAAAAUACUUUUUUUUUCCUAUGGAAAA